CACACUUAUCAGCUGAUUCCCAAGCGGCGAUUCAGUGUGUUUACCAACUUAAAACUUGAUGAAUCACUUUCUUUGUGUUCGCGUUUCUAUUGCGCAGUGCACUUUCUUCAAAGCAGCUUGUGUCCUUUUUACAAGUUUGUAUUUGUAGAUUGUGAAGAUUGUAACAAUGGACGACAACGGCAUGUUUAUUCUCAAUCCCGACUGUAUUUUGGAGAUAAUGAAAUUCGUGAUUACUGAUUGCCAAUCAAAUAAGCGCCAUGUCGAAAAGGGUACUCUUGUCUACGAGGAUUUAAUAAACCUUGUUCUGGCCCACGAAUCCUUCCUCGAACUGCUUGCGGAUAAUCAUAAGAUACUUUACAAGGAUCUUGAGUUGGUACUAGCGUGCAGGACCAUAAAGCUGCUUAUAGAUCUUCGAGUGAAUAAGCAAUCGAACGACGGAGGAUUUUUUUGGAGAUCCUUUCUGGAAUCGGUCAGUGAACGAAGUCCGUUCGAUCUUCAACUGUCUUUCCAAGGCUUUUGCGUACAGAUUCGAAUAACAGGCAUUUCAAACCACGAGACGUUAAAUUUUGACUUCAAGCUCACUGCAGACGCAUUGGCUGACAUUUUCCGCUCCAACCAAAAUCUAACCAGGUUGAGCUUUGGAAACACUGAAGUGCCUGGAAGUUUUUUCGAUAUCAUACGCCAUUGCGCCAAUCUCGAAGAACUGAGAUUCCCGCUGAAUCCAGAGUUCGUGGCAUCCCAAUAUGAACCAAUAGUGAACUUGCCCAAUUUGAAAACCAUUUUAGUUACUGGCUUACAAAGAAGCGAGUCGGAAUCGCUGUUUUUUAGCAUUUUAAGGAAGUUGCACAGGCCAACGAAUCUUCCACCUUUGACACUAAGUAUCGAAGAUUACCUAACUAACCUUCAUCGACCUGUAACGUUUGCCACUUUCAAUUCAUUACGAUGUUUGCGUGUUGACGAACCCUAUGCUUAUUAUGAACGAAAUGAAUGGGAAUGGAGUGCAGUUUUUAAGGCCGAAUACGAUUUAUCCGCAAUAGAAGACGAUAGCAAUUCAAUAGAGGAUUCUCUUGUCACCAUAAGAUUGGGUGACGGUGUGAAGAUCAAGUUUAUCAGAUCUGAAGGUAAACUUGAGUUAAAGUUACACGACAAGUCAGACAUCAGUCAAAUGGGACCUUUAUCCAAACUGCCCAAGCUCACUCGUUUGGUAGUACAAAAGAAGGCGAAUAGUUUUGAAAAGCCCGAUUCACUUGCCGAAUUCCUGCGAUCAAUGGCUCCAAAGGGGUCAUUUGCUCUGAAGUCAUGCAAAAUAAAUUAUGGACGAUUACAUCAGGCUGAGAUUGAAGAGCUUGCGAAAAUAAAGUCACUUCGAUUCCUCGCAUGCCACUUACACGACGGGCCUGGUAUCCACUUCAGUCAGUUGACUAACCUGCAACACAUGGUAAUCCACUUCCGCCGAAAUUAUCACAUUACGUCAGAUGUAAUCCAUAAUCUGCUAAGCAAAUGCCAGGUGCAAGCAACCAUUUAUAGUGAAAAUGUUACAGUUACCCUUUUGAGGAAUGAAAAACGUCUAGAGAUUCAUCUGGACAGUUGUAAAGACACUGAUUUUGCUAUUCCCCUUGCCAAACUUAAGGGUAUUAAAACACUCGUUAUUUCUGGGCGACGGGACUACGAUUAUAUUAAUACGAUCUUCGAUGCUUUUGCAGAUAAUUUAAGUACGAUCGAAGAAUUGGAUUUAUUCGAUCUGCAAUCAUUAAAUUUCCAUGUAGAAAAUGUAAGUUUCAAAGAUAUUUCCAAAGUGACCGAAAUCCAAACCAUUAGAACACUUAGAUGCUGGUUAUCGGAUGUGACUGGUGUUGAGAAAUUGGCAGAUCUAAGCCAAUUGGAGAACUUGGAAAUACACCAUGCUGGAGAUGGCAAUCUUAUCGAACUUUUCACAAAACUUGCUGAGAAAAAUACAAUUAAAUGUAUAGGUACUGGGAAACUCGCCCACGAAGAGGUUUUAAAGAUAACCCAAAUGAGGUCGAUAAGAACUUUUGUAUGUCGUUUAUCACGCGAGGAUGAUCUUAAAUUCCUUGCGGAGCUAGCAAACUCAAGUGUCGAAGAACUAACUGUUUUGGAUUAUCAUAACUCAAUGCGAGAAACACCCCCUGUGUUUUCUACAAAACAGACAAGGACACUUCGGCCCUUAUAUACAUGGCAAAAAAAACUGAAUUUAGUUGAAACCGUUGCAGUUACUAAAAUGACAGGACUGAAGAGAUUACGUGCUGGUUUUAUUAAUCCGGAGUGUGCGCAAGUAUUAGAUAGACUACCUCACCUAGAGGACCUAACUAUUGGCUAUAUCGACAUGCCACGCUCUACUCCUUUGGAAAAUCCGCUUAGGGCUCUAGCACUCAAGGCUCCAUCGACUUUAAAAAAAUUGGAUCUAUACGAAUGGAUUGGCUGCUGCGAAUGCGAAUGUUUGACUCAAAUCGAAACAUUGGAAUCCUUAACGUGUUCUUUUCGUAAUGAGACGGGCAUAGACCAUUUGGCCAAUAUACAAAACCUUAAAGAAUUAUUUAUACACCGUACUCAAAUUUCGCUUAGUAAUCUUUUCCGUGCCUUUGCCCAAAAAAGUGAUUCCAAGUUGGAGAAACUUCAAUGUCCAGUCACAUGUUCUGAUGAGAUGCGUGAAAUAUCACAGAUUAAAUCACUAAGAACUCUAAAUAUUGAUUUGACAAAAAAGUGUGAUAAUUUCUCAGACCUCUGUCGAUUAUAUGAACUAAAGUCGUUGAGUAUAGUUGAUAGCUAUGGAUGUAAAUUAAAUAGCGAUAUGUUCCUGCCAUUUUUUCAGUAUUGUCAAAAGCUCGAGCUGGUCGAUUUGGAAUAUUGUUAUGGUGUGGCUUCAGACUUCGUCAGCCAAGUUAACAAUGUUCUAAAAUCUGUUAGAGAUUCCGCAAAUCAGAAACCGCUACAACUCAGUAUUUUUAGUGAAUCGCUUUACCCGAAAAUCCAUGUGGAAGAUAUUGAUGAGUCAGUCUUGAACGUCUCGUAUUCGUACGAAAAUAUCGUGGGCUAUUACGAAAUAGAAUUUAAUUCUGAUAACGAGGAUUCAGAGAAAUCGGAGUCGAGUUCCUCGGAAGUCGAAUAAGUACAUGUUACUCAGCUUACUCUUUUAUUCGAGCCGUACGUUGCCCAAAAUCAAACUUCCCGCUCACAGUACCGUCGCCUUCUAAAAGCUGCAUGUUGUAGAACUAAUUCCUCGCUGACUGCUGUGUCAUAUUCAGACAUAACACGUGGAUGAUAGAGCCGUUACCUUUUUGUUGUUAAAUUAUGGGAGGGGACUCCCCGCCAGAUUUUUCUUUUAAAUAUGAAAGAUAUUCUAGUUUGAACAUAAACAUUUCGAUUAGAUAAAUUUUUGUACU